CUAGUAAUCUUGAGUAAGUAAUGAUGCGGCUGAUGGGAAAGGGGAAGCUACAGGCCAGACAAGUGGACUCUCAAUCACAAGCACGCCAUGGAGCAGGGAGCCAGGGCCCUGAAUGUGGAAGACCAGCCAGACUCAGGUAUAUGGAGGGGACAUACUUACUGUCCAGCCUCUCCUGAUCUCUGUUGGCACCUUAGCCCAGCCAAUCCUGUACCACGUGCACAGGGAACCUGCCUGCCUAGGUUUUUUCCACAGGAAGCUCCCUGGUCCUGGGUGGAGUCUGAGCCCCCCAGGCCUUUCACACCCAAGAGCUCAGGCUGAGGCCUGGGGAGGAAGGCAGGGACCCACCAGCUCACGGUCCCCAACAAGGUGCCACUGAGAAGGGUGGGUAAAGGCUGCGGGGAUAGAUAGCUCUUGCGGCAGGCCUGGCGACUGAUAAGCCCGGGCAGCACCCUAAGAGUUGGCACCCGCCCCUCUGCCCCGCACCCCAGGGCUUUGCUUCGCGCCCUCCGCCCGGACCCUGGCCCUUCUCUUCUUCGUCUGCAUGGAAGUCCCUCCAGGGCAGGGCCUGGCACUGUGUAGUGAAUGUCGGCCUCGUGGUGGACCCGAAAGAACCCUACUGUCAGCCCCAGAGCCGCGGGAGAUCCACGCUGCGGCCGGCUCCGCCCCGCCCCACCCUCACGCUCACGCUCACGCUCACGCUCACGCUCACAGGCUCCCGGCUCCACAUUCCUCGCAGGGCUCCACUCCGGACCCGCCCGCCUUGCCCUUCAUCCUCAAAGACUCAUUGGUCCCAUUCCGCUCGGGCCCCGCCCUUCGCGUGCUUGGGCCAUGCCCGUCCGACCGCGCUGCUUCCGCCUCGCAGCCCCCCCUCAACCCCUUCUCUCGUAGGCCCUUCUACCCUCCCCGAAGCCGGGCUCCCGGGUUCCGCUUCCACAGGGCCGCCCCCUCUCCUCCGAGAUCCAACGCCUCGCCCCUCGGUAAGAGGCCCAGGACUCAGCCCACGGCCCCGCCCCCCACUUGGCUAGUCCGCCCCUGGCGAGACCCCCUGCUCUCACCCACCCAGGACUUCUCGCUCCCAGGCCGGGUCCUCUCACCGUCAAGGCCCGCCCCCUGUCAACGGUCCUCACCCAUUAGCCGAAGGCCCCGCCCCUCACAGAUUGCCGCAGGGCAGGGGCGGAGACAGCCCGGACCGUCCCAGGCUCCGCCCCCGGAAGCCUCACUUCCGGGCGCGAGCACGCCCCGCCUCGCCCCGGCGGCAGAGAGGAGACUAUGGAACGUCAGACUGCUGAGCAGAGAGUCUCCUUCAGGCACCAUGAAAGCUGUGCUGCGCAAGGCUGGAGGCACGGGCCCUGGGGAAGAGAAGCAGUUUCUGGAGGUUUGGGAGAAGAACCGGAAGCUCAAGAGCUUCAACCUGUCAGCGCUGGAGAAACAUGGGCCUGUUUAUGAGGAUGACUGCUUUGGCUGCCUGUCCUGGUCGCACUCGGAGACCCACUUGUUGUAUGUGGCAGAGAAGAAGCGCCCCAAGGCCGAGUCCUUCUUUCAGACCAAAGCCUUGGACGUCAGUGCCAGCGAUGAUGAGAUAGCCAGGCUGAAGAAGCCAGACCAAGCCAUCAAGGGGGAUCAGUUUGUGUUUUAUGAAGACUGGGGAGAAAACAUGGUUUCCAAAAGCAUCCCUGUGCUCUGCGUGCUGGAUGUCGAGAGUGGCAACAUCUCUGUGCUUGAGGGGGUGCCUGAGAAUGUGUCCCCUGGACAGGCAUUUUGGGCCCCUGGAGAUGCUGGUGUGGUGUUUGUGGGCUGGUGGCAUGAGCCCUUCCGGUUGGGCAUCCGCUUUUGCACCAAUCGCAGGUCAGCCCUGUAUUAUGUGGACCUCAUCGGGGGGAAGUGUGAGCUCCUCUCGGAUGACUCCCUGGCUGUCUCUUCUCCCCGGCUGAGCCCAGACCAAUGUCGCAUUGUCUACCUGCAGUACCCAUCUCUGAUCCCCCAUCACCAAUGCAGCCAGCUGUGCCUGUAUGACUGGUAUACCAAGGUUACCUCAGUGGUGGUAGAUGUUGUGCCUCGGCAGCUGGGAGAGAACUUCUCUGGGAUCUACUGCAGCCUUCUGCCUUUGGGAUGCUGGUCAGCUGACAGCCAGAGAGUGGUCUUUGACUCGGCUCAGCGCAGCCGGCAGGACCUGUUUGCUGUGGACACCCAAGUGGGCACUGUGACCUCCCUCACAGCUGGAGGGUCAGGUGGGAGCUGGAAGUUGCUCACAAUUGACCAGGACCUCAUGGUGGCACAGUUUUCCACACCCAGCCUACCUCCAACCCUGAAAGUUGGGUUCCUGCCUUCUGCAGGGAAGGAGCAGUCAAUGUUGUGGGUGUCCCUGGAGGAGGCCGAGCCCAUUCCCGACAUCCACUGGGGCAUCCGGGUGCUACAGCCACCCCCAGAGCAAGAGAAUGUGCAGUAUGCUGGCCUUGACUUUGAAGCAAUCCUGCUGCAGCCUGGCAACCCUCCAGAUAAGACCCAAGUGCCCAUGGUGGUCAUGCCCCACGGGGGGCCCCAUUCAUCCUUUGUCACUGCCUGGAUGCUGUUCCCAGCCAUGCUUUGCAAGAUGGGCUUUGCGGUACUACUAGUGAACUAUCGUGGCUCCACGGGCUUUGGCCAGGACAGCAUCCUCUCCCUCCCAGGCAAUGUGGGCCACCAGGAUGUGAAGGAUGUCCAGUUUGCAGUGGAACAGGUGCUCCAGGAGGAACACUUUGAUGCAAGCCAUGUGGCCCUUAUGGGUGGUUCCCAUGGUGGCUUCAUUUCCUGCCACUUGAUUGGUCAGUACCCAGAGACCUACAGGGCCUGCGUGGCCCGGAACCCCGUGAUCAACAUCGCCUCCAUGUUGGGCUCCACUGACAUCCCUGACUGGUGCGUGGUGGAGGCUGGCUUUCCUUUCAGCAGUGACUGCCUGCCAGACCUCAGCGUGUGGGCUGAGAUGCUGGACAAAUCGCCCAUCAAAUACAUCCCUCAGGUGAAGACACCACUGUUACUGAUGUUGGGCCAGGAGGACCGGCGUGUGCCCUUCAAGCAGGGCAUGGAGUAUUACCGUGCCCUCAAGACCCGGAAUGUGCCUGUUCGGCUCCUGCUCUAUCCCAAAAGCACCCACGCAUUAUCAGAGGUGGAGGUGGAGUCAGACAGCUUCAUGAAUGCUGUGCUCUGGCUACGCACACACUUGGGCAGCUGAAGCCCUGCCAUUCUGCGUGAGCUGAUCAGCCUGUGCCACACUUCGCUCUUGAGGAGCUCAACGGUCUGGCAGGGCAGCAGGAGGCUUUCUGGGCUCUGGACUCCACGGAUGCGUGGGCAGAGGAAUGUGGGCUAUGUAGUCAUAAUAAAUUAGGACACAGA